UUACUGUAACGGCGAUCAGGAAACAGCAAAUGUCAUCAUUUCAGCGCGACGCCUACAUGCAUCAUCCUGCGACAUUGUAGCUGCGACCACCGGUGUUGGAAAAACAUCAUUUGACACGCUAAACAGGUGAUGGCAGACCUUGGGCUGAAGGACGAGGACAGGGUGCUGCUGAUGUGGACUCAGCCAUCAUGUCCCACUGCACUGAAGGAGUUUGCUGAAAGCAUUGGCACUGCUGUUGGUAACCAGAGCCUGGUGUCUUUGGAGAACAUGGAGAGACUACAAUUGUCUUCUCAUGCAGCUUCUGGUUAUGACUGGGUUCUCUCUGGCCUGCUGACCGACAGCUCACCAAUCCACAGUUCAGAAAUGCUGGCCGAGAUCGCCAGAGUGAUGAAACCUGGUGGCAAACUUGUGCUAGAAGAGCCGGUGACGGGUUCUGAGGAUAAUAGUGUGAGAACCGCUGGAAAACUAGUGUCAGCUCUCAAACUGUCUGGAUUAGUAUCUGUCACUGAGGUAAAGACGGAGUCAGUGAGCCCAGAAGCAGCCGCAGCUCUGCGAGAACGCACAGGGUUCCAGGGAGACACACUUUUAAGGCUGCGAUUGUCCGCAUCGAAACCUAACUUUGAGGUCGGAUCCUCAACGCAACUGAAACUUUCCUUUGGCAAGAAAACCACUACAACAGAGAAGCCAGCUCUCGAUCCGAGCACCGCACAAAAGUGGACUCUAUCAGUCAAUGAAAUGGAUGACGAUGAUGUGGAUUUGGUCGAUUCGGAUGCACUUUUAGAUGCUGAAGAUCUGAAAAAGCCCGAACCUUCCUCCCUCAAGGCUUACUGUGGAGACGACUCCAAAAAGAAAAAGAAGGCCUGCAAAAAUUGCACUUGUGGCCUUGCUGAAGAACUGGAAAAGGAGAGUAAAGCCACUCAGAAAGCCAGCCAGCCCAAAUCAGCCUGUGGAAGUUGUUAUCUGGGUGAUGCCUUCCGAUGUGCCAGCUGUCCAUAUUUAGGCAUGCCUGCCUUAAAACCUGGGGAGAAGGUUCUGCUGGCCAACGCUGACAUAGCUGAUACAUAGACAUUCACUUUUGAGACAUUAAUACAUUCCGUUAUCAUUCUGCAACAUUUGGGCCAACUGGGACACAGUUCACAGUGUCAUCUGACAACUGAAUACACUAGAUACCCGUAUAAUAAAUACAUGAAAAAAACUGAAAAGGUUACACACUGUUUGGUGGUAAAUGUUUAUUUUCCAUCAGUUUUCUUUUCUGUCUUUUGUCAGAUAGCGUCCAGAGAUAUCACUGAAAUGUUCAAAUGAUAUGAAUAAUUAUCUGCUUUAUAUGAUCUCAUUUUAAGUGUAUAUGAAAUGAAUCUGCAAUUUGAGUGUAAUUUGUUUUAUUUUGAAAAUCCAAACCAGUUGCUCAUGUAUUUUGCCUUCUGUAUAAAAUAAGAUUAUUUUAAGCCAAAAUCAAAUGGUUAAUAAAAUUGGAAACUUUUGACAU